CCGCGGCGGGGCGGGAGGCGGGGCGGGGCUCGGCUCGGCUCGGCUCGGUUUGGCCCCGCUCGGUUCGGCCGGGCUCGGGAUGCUGCUGCGGGUGCGCGCUGCCGUGGCUCAGCUGGCGGCGGGGCUGGGCGCGCAGCCCCCCGCAGAACCGCGGGCCGGUGGGGCCGGGUGCGGGGCCGCCCGGGGAUCGCCGCAGCCAGCCGCCUUCUGCCGACCGGCCUUCCUGCAGCUGACCCCCGAGGAGCUGCGCCGCGCCGAUGACCACACCGGGCGGGCGGUGCAGAGCCCCCGCGACAGCCGCGGCCGCCUGCCCUGGAGCACGGGCUACGCAGAGGUGAUAAAUGCAGGGAAGAGCCAGCAUAACGAAGACCAGGCAUGCUGUGAGGUGGUGUUUGUGGAGCAGAGGCCCAGCCCGAGGGGCAGCAGGGAGCUGGAUGGGGGCAGGAAAGGUUUUUACUUCCACUACUGGGCGUUGUUCGAUGGCCAUGCAGGCAGCGGUGCUGCUGUCAUGGCAUCCGAGCAGCUCCACCUGCACAUCUGCGAGCAGCUGCGGGAGCUGGUGGGAAUCCUGCAGGACCCCUCCCCGCCCCCCGUCUGCCUCCCGCACGGCGCCGAGCCCGGCUCUGCGGAUCCCAGCACAGAGGAGCACGGCGAGCUCCCGAACGACGCCCUGCCCCGGUUCCACCUGGAGAAAGCAGUGUCCCACGAGAGCCUGGUGAUCGGAGCCAUUGAGAAUGCCUUCAAGCACAUGGAUGACCAGAUUGAGCAGGAGCGGGCAAACCAGCACCUGGCUGGGGGGUGCUGUGCCCUGGCUGUCAUCUACCUCAUGGGCAAGUUCUACGUGGCCAAUGCUGGGGACAGCAGGGCCAUUAUCAUCCGUAAUGGGGAAAUCAUUGCAAUGUCCAGGGAGUUUACUCCAGAGACAGAGAGGCAGAGGCUGCAGUUUUUAGCACUACUGAGGCCCGAGCUGCUGGGGAAGGAGUUCACUCCCCUGGAGUUCCCCCGCAGGAUCCAGCCCAAGGAGCUGGGCAAGAAGAUGCUCUACAGGGACCAGAGCAUGAAUGGCUGGGCUUACAAAAAGAUAGAAGAGGAUGACCUGAAGUUUCCACUUAUCUUUGGGGAAGGCAAAAAGGCUCGGAUGAUGGCCACAAUUGGGGUCACGAGAGGCCUGGGAGACCAUGACCUCAAAGUGUUCAGCUCCAACAUCCACAUCAAGCCUUUCCUGUCCUGUAUCCCAGAGGUCAGGGUUUAUGACCUCACCCAGUAUGAGCACUGCCCUGACGACGUCCUGGUGCUGGGCACCGACGGGCUCUGGGAUGUCACCAAUGACAAGGAGGUGGCUGCUGUGGUGAUGGAGGUGCUGACGAGCUACGAGCCCAACGACCCCUGCAGGUACACCAUGGUGGCCCAGGAGCUGGUGCUGCGAUCACGGGGGGUACUGAAGGAGCGGGGCUGGCGGCUGCCCAAUGACAAGCUGGGCUCUGGUGACGACAUCUCUGUUUUUGUGAUCCCCCUGGGUGGCCCUGGCAACUACACGUGAUGCUGAAUGAGCCUGGGGCAGCGGGGUUUGCCUGGCCUGCUGGAGACUCUGGGGCACUGGCGCUGCCUCAGGGCCACCCCUCCUCCAGGCACUUGUUUUCUGAGCCAACUGCAAGAAGAGUAAUAAACCUGGAGCCUCAGUCUGUCCAGAGCAUCCCCCUCCACCUGCUCUCAUCCCAGUCCCAGGUGGAGAUGGAGAGGCCUUGGACAGAGUGAACAUUGGGCUUGAGGGGUGUUUUUAUGCUGCAACUUUCUCGACACUGUGAGAAGCCUGAAGGCUCCCUGGCUCCUCAGCACAUCCUUUGCCUCUUGCCACGGCUGUGCUGACUGCAGUCCUGUGUGACACCCUGGGGCUGCUGGGGUGCUCAUAGCUGCUGCAGUCACCCCCAACUCCUGCCCUGUGAUGCUUUGGCCACUGACACUGAAGCUGCUGCUGGAGCUGGGAGCUGGGCUCACACGGGAUGUGACUGGCAGUGAAGUCCCACGGGCAGCUGGGCAAUGCUGUUGUGGCUCCACAAUGGCCAUCGCAGCCUCGUGCUCCCAGUUUUCAGCCCCUCACACCUUCACUCUGUCAUGGACCUUGUCUCAGUCUCCAGUGUGGAGAAGUGACCCAGCUCUGCCGUGCACCCUGAGGAGGGAUAAACCACUGCACUGGCCCUGGCUAUGCCACAGGUUCUACCCCCUUCCUUUCAUGCCUUGGAUCACUGCAGUGCUUCUGGAGCCAAUUAUUUAUUAACUGAGAGCUGAGCUGGAAGAUGUCUAAAUCCUUUCUUGGUGUGGAGUCUAUGAAUGUAUGUCUGUAUUUUGGAGUGGUUCUGAGUUUGCAGCCUCACACAGAGCAGCCCUAUUCAGGUGAGCUUAACAGCUUAGCUGCACUGGAUCUGCUUAGCACAGGGCUGGGAACGCACAGCAAAAGCAGCUUGGUGUGACCAGGGCAGGGAAAGACAGAGCCCAUGUUCUCCUCAGUGAUUUCAGAGCUGCUGCAGAGGGGAACUGGAGCAGUUGAUCUCUGCACAGGAUUUUUGCAUCACACACAUCUCUGACCUGGAGCAUCCAUGACGUCUGAGUGUUGCAUCCUAAACUGUGAGGGAUUUUCCCAUCCUGAGGGUGGGGAUGGGGAGAGCUGGGCCAUGGUCCCUUGUUUGAGAAAGGCUCUGUGGCACCAGUACUUUGUGUUCUGUCACUGGGUGCAGCCAGCUCUUGUCAAGUGUCACCUCUGGGGAAGGUUGUUUGUCUCCUGUAACCAGUGAGAUGUAAAUAAACUGGGUACACAUAAUGGAAAGUGAAAGUUAUGCAGGAGAUUUGAACCUCUUGGCAUCCAUGCUGAAGGGAGCAGGGAGUGGUGCUGGGGCUGGGAGCUUGUCCUUGUGUAGCACUGUGUGUUUAAAUAAAGAUUUUGCCACUGU